AUGCACGACUUUGUCUCGCACAUCUUGCGCCGCUACUUUGAAGCAACACACUGGAACGAAUACAACUCGUACCUUCACCUGACUUCAUCGUCGGCGGCGCUUCUCGACUUUCCCGUGCCCACCGGACUGUCGCUGUCCAUCUCGGCGUCGCCCACGCCGCCGUUCUUCACGACGUACCGACUGGGUGCGCUUCCGAAUCUGCAUGCGGGGAUCGGGUACAUCUACGCGAGCACGCGUCGGCGCGUGGAUUUCGGCGGGAGCAGCAAGGAUGUGCGGCUCAAGCAGGUCAUCGAGCGCUUCCGCAUCAUCGAGGCUCCUCGCCGCAAGGAGAAGGAGGAGGAGAAGGAGUACUACUGGCUCGGUGGGGAGCGGUUCGAAGAUGUGCCGGCCAAGGAGGUGGGGGCAGGAGAGGGGGGAGAGUAUCUGGUAUAUGGGUGCAUGCAUGUUCCCUCAGCCCGGCUGGAUGCGUUGUGGACCAAGAGGGUGAGCCCGACGUGGCAGCUGAUCGUGACGGCUGUGUCGACACCGCCCAAGUAUCCGUUGAACGCGCUGCAUAGUGCGGCCAUGGCGACACAGUCGGCAUACGCUUCGUCGCUGGGUGGAGGAGCAGCAGGCAAGAGCGGCACGACGAGUCUCGAUUCAUCAACCCACAACUUUGCCUCUUCUGCCAAUGCGCAGCCUUCGUCGAGCUCAACAGCGACCUCGACCGCAGCAGCAGCAGCGGCGGCGCAGGAUGUUUAUGGCUUGGGCCCACCCGGGUCGACCAAUCUGCAGCUGACCCUGCAGAGGGAUACGGGUCGGUGGUUCACCGAAUACAGCUACUCGAUUGACGACGCGCUGUGGGGGUUCAGGGUGCUGCAUAACUUUGGCGCGCCUGCUGAUGGUCCAGCAUCUACCACUAGCGGCCCGUUAAACAGCAGCAGCGAUGGCGUGGUCGACGCACUCAACACCGCUACAUCCCCAGCACGCAUCGGCACCCUCACCACCGCCUCGACGCGCAGCACGGGCGAGCAGGACACCGACGCAGGCGGCGGCUUGCGCGGGCGGUUCAGCGCCGGAGCCGAAGUAUUCAUCAGCACUGUCGAAAAGUCGGCGGGCCUAUCCACGGGUAUCCGCUUCUCGACGCUCCCGGAUCCGCAACCCAUCAUCACCCCGCCCGACGCCUCUGUUCCACCCUCCCACGAAGGCACACCCACACAGCAGCAGCAGCAGGCGGUGACGCCCUCGCAACCGCCCACGGUGAUCACGGCAACGCUCAAUCCGAUGAUGGGCCACCUGAGCACCGCGUACGCCGCGCGCAUGGCGCGGGACGUUGUUGUGUGCUCGCGAUUCGAUUUCAACGUGUACAGCUACGAGUCCGAGUGGACGGUGGGGGCCGAGUACUGGCUGAGGCGAAGCGGCGGUGCGACGGGAGCGGUGGGCGAUGGGGCCGAGAAGAGCGGGGCCAGUGCGGCGGGAGAGAGGAAGGCGUGCUCAAGGCGCGCAUCUCAACCACCUCAGACAUCCGCCUCCUCUGGCAAGGUCGUCUCUCGUCGUGUCUCGUCUCACUCGGCGUGA